AUGACUGAUGCAACAGAAGACGAUUUCUGCAUCUUCUUCCUCGAUGCUAUUCGUUAUUUGCUGACAGUUCUUGGUGAUCAACACAAAGAAUGGGUUUUAUUUCAACAUGGUUCAUUAUAUUUCCAAAUCAUGCCAAACAAUCAACCAACAAAGCCAGAUAAAUUAAUUCAGACAGCGAAAAAUAGUUUAUCGAAAUAUGUAUAUUCGACUGAAUCAUCUGUUGGUGAUGCUGUUGCUGCUGAAUUUCAGUAUAAGAAUCACAAAAACUACUUCAUUUACACAGCAACAUUCGAUGGCUUAGUUUUCAUCCACCCAUCAAAACAAAUUACGGAUGAAACCAUGGCAAUUGCGCAUGGUCGAUAUAAUAUCAAAAGAGAUAAAGAGAAUCAGAAGGUUAUUACUACUGGAAGUACGCAAUUAAGUGAAGCAGAAUUUUCGAAAUUAAGAGAAGAUUUGAAUUCGAAGUACAACAAGGCAGUUGACUUGAAGUCAAGCAGAAAUUUUUAUUUGGAUGUCACCCGAUUAAAACUUUUGAGUAAAAGUGAUGCAUCUGUUCGAUUUUUACUCGAAAAAUCCCCAUUUUCUGAUGACGACGAUGACGACGAUGAGCCAGAUGAGACAGAAAAUUAUACAAUUGUUGGACAAAUAUUUCCUACUUCGGAAAUCUUUGAAAAAAGUACGGUUAGAAUACAAUUACAAUUGGGUAAAACUUAUCCGAUUAAUCUACCAAGGGUACACUUUUUAACUCCUAUCAAUCAUCCAAGUGUUAACGAAAAUGGGGAACUCGAUCAUGAAUUAUUGAAGUGUAAAACCAAAUGGACAUUGAACACAUCUUUAGUCGAUCUUAUCAAAGUUAUCGUAGAUUGUCUUGAUCAUCAUGAUAAGAAAAUGAGCAAAAAUCCAAUCGCAAGAAUAAAAACAAAAGUUUCUAAUCUAUUUAAUGCUAAAUAA